CAGUUUCGAAAAAUUACUUAUUGGAUUUUCCUUAGUAGACCCAAAGAAAACCUCAUCCUAAUUCACACAUCUUUCCAAGCACAGUUCUCAUCCUAAACGUGACAAUUGUAUUUGGUGCUAAUUCAGUAGCCUAGCAUAGCCUAUAAGUUAUUCCGUUUAUAUUCGAUAAACUUACCUCUAUGAAACAGUAUGUGAGUAGCAUUGACAAUGCUACACAUCACACGCAAAACUGGUGUGACUUCUUUUUCCGUCAUCGUUGCUGUAGGCUACGCUAUGCGUGUUGAAAAAGUGCCUCCUUUUGCGCUUCAGUCAUUGUGGCUCGAGUCGCGCAACACUGACAUUUCAGCACUUUCUUGGAGGGGCAGCUACCGCGCCACAGACUUGCUUUGGAAAACGGUCAUCUUCAGUGCCAUUUUAUCAAGUGCAAUGAGGAGCGUCCCCAACAUAUUUAUUUCGAGUUUGGCAGCUGGGGAUCUUUUGCUUUUGGUCACUUGUGUUCCAGUGGAUGCGUUCAGAUACUUCUAUGAGGAGUGGAUCUUCGGUGUUGUGGCUUGCAAACUAAUUCCGGUCAUUCAACUCACUUCAGUCGGGGUCUCGGUGUUCACUCUCACUGCACUAAGCGCGGACAGGUACAAAGCCAUUGUGAAUCCUAUGGACAUCCAGACAUCCAGUGCUGUGUUCUGGACAUGUCUGAAAGCCGUGUCCAUCUGGGUGAUCUCCGUCCUCUUGGCGGUGCCCGAGGCCAUCUUCUCCCAGGUAGUGCACAUCCAGGACAAGAACGUGACCUUCACCGCCUGCGUGCCCUAUCCCCUUUCCAACGACAUGCAUCCCAAGAUCCACUCCAUCCUCAUAUUCCUGGUGUACUUCCUGAUUCCCCUGGGGAUCAUCUCUGUGUACUACUUCCACAUCGCCAGGACUCUGGUCAAGAGUGCUCACGACAUGCCUGGGGAGAUCAGUGAGCACACGAAGAGACAGAUGGAGACGAGAAAACGGCUGGCCAAAAUUGUUCUGGUUUUCGUGGGCCUCUUCGCUCUUUGCUGGUUCCCCAACCAUGUCUUGUACAUGUACCGCUCCUUCAACUACCGUCAGAUCGACUCCUCUCUGUCGCACCUCAUCAUCACCCUGCUAGCCCGGGUGCUAAGCUUCUCCAGCUCCUGUGUCAACCCGUUUGCCCUCUACCUGCUGAGCGAGAGCUUCCGCAGGCACUUCAACAGCUCACUGCACUGCAAGAGGAAGCCCCACCACGAACGCAACACUAGCUACCUGCAGCACACCUCGGCCAUAAGAAUGACCUCCAUCAAGAAGACCACCCCUACUGUCAUCAACGGACAUGGCAACAGCCAGGAGGUCACUCUGUAGGUUUAGGAUGUCACCUGAUGACAUGUAAGUGGUGGGAGUGGCACCAAAAAAAGUUCCGUGCAAAGCUUUACAAGGUGAACUAUUAUGAAAAGGUCAUGCAUGUGUGUUGAACAGAAAAUGCUUUGUUUGAAGCUGUCUUGUCUAUACAUUCCCCACAAAGCCACAUAUCACUGCUGAUGAGAUGAUCACCCAUGAAUUGAAUGUAUACGGACAUGUUGUCAACAAAUCUCUUGAGAGAUUCCGAUAUCAAAGGUGAAAUAAAUAAAAAAUACAAUAAAUCCACAAUGUUCCAUUUUUCAUGUUUUGUUGUGUCAAUCUGAUACAUGUUUCACUUUACACAGUUUGCAUAGAUAUGUACUGUCUGCGAAGCAUGCUGUCCAAACUGCAAACCCAACAGGAAAUGACAGGAAAUCUAUGUCCCUGUGUUUUUAUUUAUUUAUUUCACCUUUAUUUAACCAGGUAGGCUAGUUGAGAACAAGUUCUCAUUUGCAACUGCGACCUGGCCAAGAUAAAGCAAAGCAGUUCGACACAUACAACAACACAGAGUUAAACAUGGAAUAAACAAACCUACAAUCAAUAAUACAAUAGGAAAAUCUAUAUACAGCAUGUGCAAAUGAGGUCGAAUAAGAGUUAAGGUAAUAAAUAGGCCAUGGUGGCAAAGUAAUUACAAUAUAGCAAUUAAACACUGAAAUGGUAGGAUGUGCAGAGGAUGAAUGUGCAAGUUGAGAUACUGGGGUGCAAAGGAGCAAGAUAAAUAAAUAAAUACAGUAUGGGGAUGAGGUAGAUUGGAUGGGCUAUUUACAGAUGUGCUAUGUACAAGUGCAGUGACCUGUGAGCUGCUCUGACAGCUGGUGCUUAAAGCUAGUGAGGGAGGUAAGAGUCUCCAGCUUCAGAGAUUUUUGCAGUUCGUUCCAGUCAUUGGCAGCAGAGAACUGGAAGGAGAGGCGGCCAAAGGAAGAAUUGGCUUUGGGGGUGACCAGUGAGAUAUACCUGCUGGAGCGUGUGCUACGGGUGGGUGCUGCUAUGGUGACCAGUGAGCUGAGAUAAGGCGGGGCUUUACCUAGCAGAGACUUGUAGAUGACCUGGAGCCAGUGGGUUUGGCGACGAGUAUGAAGCGAGGGCCAGCCAACGAGAGCAUACAGGUCGCAGUGGUGGGUAGUAUAUGGGGCUUUGGUGACAAAACGGAUGGCACUGUGAUAGACUGCAUCCAAUUUGUUGAGUAGAGUGUUGGAGGCUAUUUUGUAAAUGACAUCGUCGAAUUCGAGGAUCGGUAGGAUGUUCAGUUUUACGAGGGUAUGUUUGGCAGCAUGAGUGAAGGAUGCUUUGUUGCGAAAUAGGAAGACGAUUCUAGAUUUAAUUUUGGAUUGGAGAUGUUUAAUGUGAGUCUGGAAGGAGAGUUUACAGUCUAACCAGACACCUAGGUAUUUGUAGUUGUCCACAUAUUCUAAGUCAGAACCGUCCAGAGUAGUGAUACCGGACGGGCGGGCAGGUGCGGGCAGCGAUCGGUUGAAGAGCAUGCAUUUAGUUUUACUUGCAUUUAAGAGCAGUUGUAGGCCACGGAAGGAGAGUUGUAUGGCAUUGAAGCUCGUCUGGAGGUUAGUUAACACAGUGUCCAACGAAGGGCCAGAGGUAUACAGGUUGGUGUCGUCUGCGUAGAGGUGGAUCAAAGAAUCAUCAGCAGCGAGAGCGACAUCAUUGAUGUAUACAGAGAAUUGAACCCCGUGUCACCCCCAUAGAGACUGCCAGAGGUCUGGACAACAGGCCCUCCGAUUUGACAUACUGAACUCUAUCGGAGAAGUAGUUGGUGAUCAGUGUGCUGCUUAGCUUCCUCUACUGUCCAACUACCCCAUACAGUGCUCAAACCAGUGAUCCAGGUUUCCAACUGUUAAUGAAAACCUGUACACCACUAUUGCAGGACAGUAAGAGGAUAAAUGCCAUAUGAAUUUGUUUAUUAGAUCACUUUGAUAAUGCCAUUUCCUGUGCUAUGUUUGAGUGUUUAUCUUCAGAAGCUCAAUGUGACAAAAAUGUUUGCUGUUUUGUUGAGUAAAACAUGUUGUGUAAAAAAUGUUGAACUGCAAAUGCUGCAAUAUCAUUGCUGUAAAAAAUGAAAAUAAUAAUAUAUGCAGUAUAUAUAUAGUGCUUUUGGAAAGUAUUCAGACUCCUUGACUUUUUCCACUUUUUGUUACAUUACAGCCGCAUUCUAAAAUGGAUUAAAUAAAUUAAAAUCCUCAGCAAUCAACACACAAUACCACAUAAUAACAAAGGGAAAAUAGGUUUUUAGAAAUGUUUGCAAAUGUAUAUAUAUUUUAAAAAACUGAAAUACCUUAUUUAUCAAAGUAUUCAGACCCUUUGCUAUGAGACUUGAAAGUUAGCUCGGGUGCAUCCUGUUUCCAUUGACCAUCCUUGAGAUGUUUCUUCAACUUGAUUGGAGUCCACCUGUCGUAAAUGCAAUUGAUUGGACAUGAUUUGGAAAGGCACACACUUAUAUCGAUUAGGUCCCACAGUUGACAAUGCAUGACAAAGCAAAAACCAAGCAAUGAGGUUGAAGGAAUUGUCAGUAGAGCUCCGAGACAGAAUUGUGUCACAACACAGAUCUGGGGAAGAGUACCAAAACAUUUCUGCAGCAUUGAAGGUCCCCAAGAACACAGUGGCCUCCAUCAUUCUUAAAUGGAAGAAGUUUGAAAUCACCAAGAUUUUUCAUAGAGCUGGCCGUACAGCCAAACUGAGCAAUCGGGGGAGUGCUUUGGUCAGGAAGGUGACCAAGAACCCGAUGGUCACUCUGGCAGAGCUCGAGAGUUCCUCUGUAGAGAUGGGAGAACCUUCCAGAAGGACAACCAUCUCCGCAGCACUCCACCAAUCAGGACUUUAUGGUAGAGUGGCCAAACGAAAGCCACUCCUCAGUAAAAUGCACAGGACAGCCCGCUUGGAGUUUGCCAAAAGGCUCCUAAAGACUCUCAGACCAUGAGAAACAAGAUUCUCUGGUCUGAUGAAACCAAGAUUGAACUCUUUGGCCUGAAUGCCAAGUGUCACGUCUGGAGGAAACCUGGCACCAUCCCUAAAGUGAAGCAUGGUGGUGGCAGCAUCAUUCUGUGGGGAUGUUUUUCAGCGACAGAGACUGGGAGACUAGUCAGGAUCGAGGCAAAGAUGAACAGAGCAAAGUACAGAGAGAUCCUUGAUGAAAACAUUCACCUUCCAACAGGACAACAACCCUAAGCACACAGCCAAGACAACACAGGAGUGGCUCCGGGACAAGUCUCUGAAUGUCCUUGAGUGGCCCAGCCAGAGCCCGGACUUGAACCCGAUCAAACAUCUCUGGAGAGACCUGAACAUAGCUGUGCAGUGACGCUCCCCAUCCAACCUGACAGAGCUUGAGAGGAUCUGCAGGGAAUAAUGGGAGAAACUCCCCAAAUACAGAUGUAAACGGUCUGAAUAGUUAUGUAAAUGGGAUAUUUGCUAAAAAAAAAGAAUUAUCAAAAAUGUCUAAAAACCUGUUUUGCUUUGUCAUUAUGGGGUAUUGUGUGUAGAUUGAUGAGGGGAGAAAACUAUUUAAUGCAUUUUAGAAUUAGGCUGUAACGUAACAACACAUGGAAAAAAAGUCAAAGGGUCUGAAUACUUUCGAAGGCACUGUAUAUAUCGUGUGGUUUCUUUUGCAAACUUUGAUAAUUCCAUGCACAGCAUAGCUUCAUUGAACAUGUACAUGAAUAAGCUCUAAGAAAGUGUGUUUUCUGAACAGGAUUAAUCAAACUAUCAAUUAUAGUCAAUUACAUUUAAUUACAGUUAUCAAGAGAUUAUGAUUAUUGGAUUAAACCCACUCACAUUAACCAAUCCAAUCCUAUCUCUUCCUCUUAAUCCUCCCAAUCAGGAAAGCAGUUAUAAUUUACAUAAUUUCUGUAGGAUAAUGGUCAAAUCAAUCUAUCUGUUUAUUAGUGAUAUGUCCUAAUACACUGAUCUCAAGUGAUUAGUCAACAGGUGUCUCACUGGAAAAGGGAUAGGUGUCUGUAACCACUAAGCAAACUCAAUGGCUGAGUCUUCAACUACUUUCUAUGGUCUGUCCAUUUUCCACCAUCAUGGAAAUUGAUUUGUGUUAUUCUACCAGAGUUCUCUCUUCUUUCAUAUUUUGUGAUGACUUGAAACAUGGUAUGUACAAUGUAAAAUACAUUUGUGUUUGAAAUUCUUCAUCAUAUAAUGGACCUACCUCACUGCCACCAAUGCAAUGUGAUAAUACGCCCGCCUCCUAAUUACUGUGGAUUUGCUAUGCUUGGGGAAUUGGAAUGGGAUCCUCCAAGGCUCCUGCUGUGUGUCUGGGUGAUAAAUAUCCACAGCAUGUAAUAUAAUCACAACAAUAUUAAAAGAAUGUCAUGUCGACUGCCAGGUUAAAUUCUGUGAAUAAUUGUAAUGUUAUGAUACAUAUGCUUUUCAGACCUGGGUUCUGUGUAUGUGAUUGUGUUAUUUAAAUACUUAUUUACUGUGUAAUGGAGUAUUUUCAAAUAAUGUGGCCCUAAUCAACUAUUUCUAUUUGAAGUAUUUUAAAGUAUUUAAAAAAAAAUUCUACUAAUAACCGAUUAUUUAAGUAUUUGCAAAUAAUAUUUUUCAAAUGCCUGGGUUAAAUACAUGGGUGUGUAUUUGAGUAUUUUCAAAUACCUUCCAAGUGUAUUGCCAAAUACAUUCCAAUUUUCAGUUAUUUGUCUUUUCAAAUAAAAAAUAUUGAAAUAUUUACUUCAA